AUGGGUGGUUUAUGGGAAUCUUUUGUAAAGUUAGUUAAGUACCACUUGAAACGAAUAUGUAAUACAAGUUUAACUUAUGAGGAACUAGACACACUGUUCACACAAAUAGAGGCUAUCCUAAAUUCUAGACCACUUACUCCCCUCUCAUCUGACCCCAAUGAUCUCUCACCUUUAACUCCGGGGCACUUCUUGAUUGGAAGACCUAUCAGUGCCUUGCCAACGUCGCCUCCGCCACUACAUCCAAACCGCUAUCAACUAAUUGAAGUACUAAGACAACAUUUUUGGUCUAGAUGGCGUAAUGAAUAUUUAUGCGAACUUCAGCAGCGUACCAAGUGGAAGCGUCGGCAGCGAGACAUCCAGGUCGGGGACCUAGUGGUAUUCAAAGAUGCCACCACUCCACCACUGAAAUGGAAACUUGGCAGAGCCGUUCAGCUGUUUCCAGGCAGUGACGGGCUUUGCAGAGUAGCGGAUUUCAAGACCAUCAGCGGGAUCGAGAGGAGAGCCCUAAACAAGGUCUGCCUCCUCCCCACGACGCUGCUGGGGGCGGAGGAUGUUCAGAACACUGAGAAGGGGGAGAGGGGGUGA